AUAUAUCGAUGUCGUAUAAACAAAGUGUUUUGAAUAUAAUCACUUACUUCCUUUGGUUUCCACCGCUCUAAUAUAACAAAAUUUGACUUUAGACGAUUCUCAUAACACCACCAAGGCCUCCAUUGGUGGCUUGUACUGGAUUUGGGUUGCAUAUGCCACUACAUUCAAUGUAUGUUGAAGCAAGAAAUGGAUUUAACGGCCACUACGUUCUAGUGAAUUAUUCAAUACAAGCCACCAAACGAGGCAAGAUUAACUAAUCGAGUUCAAACGAGCGAGCCCAGAUCAUUAAUGAAUACCACGGAAGAAUUGUGUGCCACGUGCAGGUCCCGUUUAUGUUGUUUUUUCUUUUCUUUUUUUGUUUGGGCUGCCAGUUCAAACGAGCCGGCCCAUAUUUUGUUAAUAAUAAUAAAGCCCACAAACGGCAAGAUCUGUUUACUGUUCCUGGUAAAUUGGUAAUUUCCAGUGUUUUCGAGUUUAUUGCGAUGGUAGUACUUUUGGGCCGGCCUUGGCGAAUCGCGACAGCGGCGACAGCACCCGUCACACCACCACGUGACCACCAUCGCUCAUCGGACCACCAUCGCCCAGUGGCGACUGCAACUCUGCAUCUGCAAAAUUCCUCUCCUCCCGUCCUGAUUCGAGAGUCCCGACUCCCAAUCCGGCAAUCCCGCCGACCAAACGCCCAAAUCCCUCCCCUCCAACGGUGCAAAACCGCCCCUCUUCUCCCGCGCAAGGACGACGAACGCGAAUUAAAUCGAGGAUCAGAGCAAUGAGCAAACAGAAACAGCCAAACUCUGGUUUCCCGGCGGACUCUUUGAGCCAGAAUGAGCGGAUUCUAUACAGUGUGAUCCAUAGCAUGCAAGAUAUGGGAAUCUGGACACGGGACAUGAAGAAGGAGACAAACCUCCCUGACAAGGUGUUUAACGCAACGUUGAAAACGCUUCAAGCCAAGAAACUGAUACAGGAAGUUGUAAACGUCCAAAGCAAGGGGAGAAAGCAUUACAUUGCUGCAGAAUUCGAGCCCUCCAAGGAGUUAACCGGCGGGGCUUGGUACUCGGAGGGGAUACUCGACAAAGAUUAUAUAAGCCUCGUGAAAGACCAGUUUGCGAAGAUGAUAUAUCAGCACAAGGUCGCUACGUUGGAGGGAAUUGCAGACGCGAUCAGAAAGACCAAAAUAUUCAAGACUGAGUUUACGAAACGGCAAACGGAGGAGAUUGUGAGGGAUUUGGUUCUGGACAAUCGAGUCGUGGAGGUGAAGAGCACUGGGAUGGGGGAGUUUGCUUCUGUUCAAAUCGGAAAAGUUUGCUAUAAAUGCAAAAGCAAGGGAGGUACCAGAGGGGAAACCAAAGCAGGCGCAAUGGCUUCCAUUCCGUGUGGAGUUUGUCCGCAUAGUCAAUGCACACCGGAUGGCAUUAUUUCCCCAUCGACCUGCGUUUACUUCGCAAAAUGGUUGGAUUAUUUUUGAACUGAUUGUAUAGCAACAACAAAGCUUUAUCUCACUCAAUGGAGUCUUUACAACGCUACUGCGCUAGAUUUUGCGCCGAGUCUCUUUUAGUUAUUUGGUUAUUUGCGGAAUUCGUGCGAUGUUAUUUUUGUCAAAUUUGCCAAAGCAAUUCUUGUUUUUACAACCACAA